AUGUCUGAUUCCCAGGGCCGAGGUACGGCUGCGCCAUCGAGCGAGAAGUCGGAGACGGGAUAUGUUCCCGGAGAUGAUACAUUUACCCAGUUCCGCAAUAUCUACCGGAUUUUGACCGGGAAGAUGACCUCGGAGGGCAUCGAGCAAUUCCGCGUUGCGCGAGACUUGCGCAAUGAAGCCUCGGAUUGCAAGCGAUGCGAGGACCAGCGUGAUUAUUUGUUGCAAUAUAGCCCUGUCAUCCGAUUCCUCAGCGACAACAUCCGCCAACUGGGCGGCGAUCUUCACAGCCAUAACAUCUACUGUCGACGAUGCACGAGUCGAAAGGCUGGUGGAUUCGAUCCCGAAUUCGGAAUCCUACUAUGUGCCAACGAGAUGAAAGACCAAGGACAUCUGGAAGAUACCAUGGCACACGAGAUGGUCCAUGCAUACGAUCACUUGCGAUUCAAAGUCAAUUGGACCGAUAAUCUACGACACGCCGCUUGCUCAGAGAUCCGAGCCAGUUCGCUAAGCGGCGAGUGUCGAUGGGCGCGCGAGUUCUUCCGUCGAGGCCAGUGGAAACUCACCCAGCAACAUCAGGAAUGUGUGCGGAGGAGAGCGAUUCUGUCCGUUCGCGCACGUCCAACAUGUCGCGACGAGGCUCAUGCAGAGCAAGUCGUGAACGAAGUGUGGGACAGCUGUUUCCGAGACACGAGGCCAUUUGAUGAGAUUUACCGAUGA